AUGGACGCCACAGACGGCGCCUUCGGCUUCGCCCCCGCGCUCGCUGCGGCCGCGGCCCACGCCUGGCCUGGCGCCUGGCGCAUUCUGGGCGCUAUCUCCGAGUUAUCUUUGAAGGACGCCACAGACGGCGCCUUCGGCCUCGCCCCCGCGCCCGCUGCGGCCGCGGCCCACGCCUGGCGUGGCGCCUGGCGCACUCUGGGCACUAUCUCCGAGCUAUCUUUGAAGGACGCCACAGACGGCGCCUUCGGCCUCGCCCCCGCGCCCGCUGCGGCCGCGGCCCACGCCUGGCGCGGCGCCUGGCGCACUCUGGGCACUAUCUCCGAGCUAUCUUUGAAGGACGCCACAGUCGGCGCCUUUGCUGUAGCCUUUGCGCCCGCUGUGGCCGCGGCCCACGCCAGGCGCGCCUCGGGCGCUCGUGAGCGCUAUCUCCGAGCUAUCUUUGAAGGCGUGCCUCGGGCGCUCGUGAGCGCUAUCUCCGAGCUAUCUUUGAAGGACGCCACAGUCGGCGCCUUCGCUGUAGCCUUUGCGCCCGCUGCGGCCGCCGCCCACGCCAGGCGUGCCUCGGGCGCUCGUGAGCGCUAUCUCCGAGCUAUCUUUGAAGGCGUGCCUCGGGCGCUCGUGAGCGCUAUCUCCGAGCUAUCUUUGAAGGACGCCACAGUCGGCGCGCCUCGGGCGCUCGUGAGCGCUAUCUCCGAGCUAUCGUUGAAGGACGCCACAGUCGGCGCCUUCGCUGUAGCCUUUGCGGCCGCUGCGGCCGCCGCCCACGCCGGCGUGCCUCGGGCGCUCGUGAGCGCUAUCUCCGAGCUAUCUUUGAAGGACGCCACAGUCGGCGCCUUCGCUGUAGCCUUUGCGGCCGCUGCGGCCGCCGCCCACGCCAGGCGUGCCUCGGGCGCUCGUGAGCGCUAUCUCCGAGCUAUCUUUGAAGGCGUGCCUCGGGCGCUCGUGAGCGCUAUCUCCGAGCUAUCUUUGAAGGACGCCACAGUCGGCGCCUUCGCUGUAGCCUUUGCGCCCGCUGCGGCCGCGGCCCACGCCAGGCGUGCCUCGGGCGCUCGUGAGCGCUAUCUCCGAGCUAUCUUUGAAGGCGUGCCUCGGGCGCUCGUGAGCGCUAUCUCCGAGCUAUCUUUGAAGGACGCCACAGUCGGCGCCUUCGCUGUAGCCUUUGCGCCGCUGCGGCCGCGGCCCACGCCAGGCGUGCCUCGGGCGCUCGUGAGCGCUAUCUCCGAGCUAUCUUUGAAGGACGCCACAGUCGGCGCCUUCGCUGUAGCCUUUGCGCCCGCUGCGGCCGCCGCCCGCGCCGGGCGUGCCUCGGGCGCUCGCGAGCGCUAUCUCCGAGCUAUCUUUGAAGGCGUGCCGCGGGCGCUCGUGAGCGCUAUCUCCGAGCUAUCUUUGAAGGACGCCACAGUCGGCGCCUUCGCUGUAGCCUUUGCGCCCGCUGCGGCCGCGGCCCACGCCAGGCGUGCCUCGGGCGCUCGUGAGCGCUAUCUCCGAGCUAUCUUUGAAGGCGUGCCUCGGGCGCUCGUGAGCGCUAUCUCCGAGCUAUCUUUGAAGGACGCCACAGUCGGCGCCUUCGCUGUAGCCUUUGCGCCCGCUGCGGCCGCCGCCCACGCCAGGCGUGCCUCGGGCGCUCGUGAGCGCUAUCUCCGAGCUAUCUUUGAAGGCGUGCCUCGGGCGCUCGUGAGCGCUAUCUCCGAGCUAUCUUUGAAGGACGCCACAGUCGGCGCCUUCGCUGUAGCCUUUGCGGCCGCUGCGGCCGCCGCCCACGCCAGGCGCGCCUCGGGCGCUCGUCACGCUAUCCCCGAGCUAUCUUUGAAGGACGCCACAGUCGGCGCCUUCGCUGUAGCCUUUGCGCCCGCUGCGGCCGCCGCCCAAGCCAGGCGCGCCGCGGGCGUGCCUCGGGCGCUCGUGAGCGCUAUCUCCGAGCUAUCUUUGAAGGACGCCACAGUCGGCGCCUUCGCUGUAGCCUUUGCGCCCGCUGCGGCCGCCGCCCGCGCCGGGCGUGCCUCGGGCGCUCGUGAGCGCUAUCUCCGAGCUAUCUUUGAAGGCGUGCCUCGGGCGCUCGUGAGCGCUAUCUCCGAGCUAUAUUUGAAGGACGCCACAGUCGGCGCCUUCGCUGUAGCCUUUGCGCUCGCUGCGGCCGCCGCCCACGCCAGGCGUGCCUCGGGCGCUCGUGAGCGCUAUCUCCGAGCUAUCUUUGAAGGCGUGCCUCGGGCGCUCGUGAGCGCUAUCUCCGAGCUAUCUUUGAAGGACGCCACAGUCGGCGCCUUCGCUGUAGCCCUUGCGCCGCUGCGGCCGCCGCCCACGCCAGGCGUGCCUCGGGCGCUCGUGAGCGCUAUCUCCGAGCUAUCUUUGAAGGACGCCACAGUCGGCGCCUUCGCUGUAGCCUUUGCGCCCGCUGCGGCCGCGCCCACGCCAGGCGUGCCUCGGGCGCUCGUGAGCGCUAUCUCCGAGCUAUCUUUGAAGGACGCCACAGUCGGCGCCUUCGCUGUAGCCUUUGCGCCCGCUGCGGCCGCAACCCACGCCAGGCGUGCCUCGGGCGCUCGUGAGCGCUAUCUCCGAGCUAUCUUUGAAGGCGUGCCUCGGGCGCUCGUGAGCGCUAUCUCCGAGCUAUCUUUGAAGGACGCCACAGUCGGCGCCUUCGCUGUAGCCUUUGCGCCCGCUGCGGCCGCCGCCCACGCCAGGCGUGCCUCGGGCGCUCGUGAGCGCUAUCUCCGAGCUAUCUUUGAAGGCGUGCCGCGGGCGCUCGUGAGCGCUAUCUCCGAGCUAUCUUUGAAGGACGCCACAGUCGGCGCCUUCGCUGUAGCCUUUGCGCCCGCUGCGGCCGCCGCCCACGCCAGGCGUGCCUCGGGCGCUCGUGAGCGCUAUCUCCGAGCUAUCUUUGAAGGCGUGCCUCGGGCGCUCGUGAGCGCUAUCUCCGAGCUAUCUUUGAAGGACGCCACAGUCGGCGCCUUCGCUGUAGCCUUUGCGCCCGCUGCGGCCGCCGCCCACGCCAGGCGUGCCUCGGGCGCUCGUGAGCGCUAUCUCCGAGCUAUCUUUGAAGGCGUGCCUCGGGCGCUCGUGAGCGCUAUCUCCGAGCUAUCUUUGAAGGACGCCACAGUCGGCGCCUUCGCUGUAGCCUUUGCGCCCGCUGCGGCCGCCGCCCACGCCAGGCGUGCCUCGGGCGCUCGUGAGCGCUAUCUCCGAGCUAUCUUUGAAGGCGUGCCUCGGGCGCUCGUGAGCGCUAUCUCCGAGCUAUCUUUGAAGGACGCCACAGUCGGCGCCUUCGCUGUAGCCUUUGCGCCCGCUGCGGCCGCCGCCCACGCCAGGCGUGCCUCGGGCGCUCGUGAGCGCUAUCUCCGAGCUAUCUUUGAAGGCGUGCCUCGGGCGCUCGUGAGCGCUAUCUCCGAGCUAUCUUUGAAGGACGCCACAGCGUGCCUCGGCGCGCUCGUGAGCGCUAUCUCCGAGCUAUCUUUGAAGAACGCCACAGUCGGCGCCUUCGCUGUAGCCUUUGCGCCCGCUGCGGCCGCCGCCCACGCCAGGCGUGCAGCGGGCGCUCGUCAGCGCGUCUUUGAAGGCGUGCCGCGGGCGCUCGUGAGCGCUAUCUCCAAGCUAUCUCUGAAGGACGCCACAGUCGGCGCCUUCGCUGUAGCCUUUGCGCCCGCUGCGGCCGCGGCCCACGCCAGGCGUGCCUCGGGCGCUCGUCAGCGCUAUCUCCGAGCUAUCUUUGAAGGCGUGCCUCGGGCGCUCGUGAGCGCUAUCUCCGAGCUAUCUUUGAAGGACGCCACAGUCGGCGCCUUCGCUGUAGCCUUUGCGCCCGCUGCGGCCGCCGCCCACGCCAGGCGUGCCGCGGGCGCCCGUCAGCGCUAUCUCCGAGCUAUCUUUGAAGGCGUUCCGCGGGCGCUCGUGAGCGCUAUCUCCGAGCUAUCUUUGAAGGACGCCACAGUCGGCGCCUUCGCUGUAGCCUUUGCGGCCGCUGCGGCCGCCGCCCACGCCAGGCAGACUUUGUUCCAGUCCACCAUGCAGCAUGGCGGCCCGAAGCUGAAGUACACAACGUGGUACAAGGUGGACGUGGCACGGCAAGUCCAGUUGCUUCGCCUGUGGCAAGGUGGGGGCGUCCCUGCAAUCGCCCGGCAGCCAUCGAGCCCCGCGGAGCUCGUCAAGCUGCUCGACGCCGACUUGCCUCGUUGUGAGUACAAUGACAUUUUGGAAGCACGAGACAGAGUCUGCCUAGGAUGUAAUCGGAAGGUCAAGCUGCACAAGCCUCGCCCUGGCUCCGCAGCCGCCCUCGCGCAGGAGCCGCCCCCCCCCGCCAGCGCGGGCCAGGGCGCGGCUAUCUCGCAGGGCGGCCAAGGCAAAGGGAAGGACAUCUCCAAGAACAAGGCUGAGAAGCUGCAGGCCGCCGCGUCGCUCGACGUAGCCGAGUUACUCCGCAUGGCAGUGAAGGGCACACAGGACGCUGAUCUUCGGCAGGUGCUCGAGGCGCAGGUGAAGCGCCUGGGCGGCACCGCCACCACCGCACCCGCGGGGCCGGCAGAGGCUCUCAAGAAGGCGGUGGGUCUUUUCAAGGAUGCCGAGCACAAGCACACGCAGGCAGCCGCGCAGGUGGUGCGCCUCGAGGCCAGCCUGGCCCAGGCGCGGACCGAGCUCAAGAAGAUAAAGCUCGACUUAGAAAAGCUCCAGCACGUCAUGGAGGGCAAGGAGGCCGAGGUGUCGGCGAUGCUCUCCAAGGCGCAAGAGAUGCAGGAUCGUUUCCGCAAGAAGAGGAAGACCGAGCCUGACGGGACGCAGCCCUCGGGAGGGUCUCCAAGCAGCGGCCCAGGCGCAGGCAAAGGCGGCUCGCCAAGUCCUGCGCAGGGCGCCCCCCCCCCUGGGGCGGCGGCAGCGGACGCCAGCGGCAGCGCCAGCAGCGACGCCGAUGCAGCCAGGCUACCAGCUGGGUGUGAUACCGAGGACGAUGCGGAGCUCCUCGCAGCCGCAGCACGUCUCUCCUCGGCCAGGCUCGCGGCCCAGGCGCAGGCGCUCAAGGAGCAGUCGGCCAACACCAAGGGCGCGACGGGCAAAGGCAAGGGAGCUCCCGCCCGAGGGGGCAAGGACAUCGCGGCAGCAGCGGCUGCCGAUGAUCCUGAUCUGUUCCAGCGGCUCGGGGCCCUCCUGAAUUCGCUGGCAGUGCCGUGGCUAGUCAUCGGCGACUUCAACGUCACGCCAACCACUCUGAGCAAGUCCAGUUUCAUGCGGGGCCUGCGCUCGGAGGCCAGUAUCAUGCACACGAAUUUGGAGGCCACCUGCAACGUCGGGAAGCGGGACGCCAGCCAUCUGGACUACAUGCUUGUGUCAGCCGAGGCGCAGCCCAUCAUCGCCUCGCUCGAGCCUGUAGUCAGCGUGCCGUGGAAGCCGCACGUGGGCUUGCUGGUGCGAAUUCGGCGCUCGGCGAGGGCCCUGCAGGUGCGGUACCUGGACAUGCCGCGGCGUCUCCCGCAGGUGACCAGGCCUCGGACCCAGCCGAUGCCAGGGUCCAAGUCGGCCCGAGCAAGCCGCCCCUGCCGCCGAGAGACCUGCGACGACGUCGCCGCCUUCGACCGCACCAAGCUGCUCGAGGCCGACGGCGGGGUCGAGUUCGUGGCGGGCUCGGCCAUCGACACCACGGAGCUGGACGCCAAGCAGUUCGCGGACGAGCUGCGCGCUGAGGUCCAGGAGAUCUUCGGCGAGUCGGCGGGCAACCUCUCUUCCCUGCGCAAGGAGCACGCGACGGAUGAGCCCCUUGUCUUGAAUUCGGGCCUCGCGAAGAAGGUGCCUGUGACGGUCUGGCUCAGGGUUUAG